UCUUUCUCCCUGAGGGAUGGUACUGAAUUUCGCCGCCACUGGAGCCGGGCUGAAGCUCCUACACCGCAGCUCUGCGUUCCCACUGAGUCUAAAGUGCACCCAGACGCGAUGAGGACCUGGGUUUGUGUUUUGCUCCUAGGGUUUGGAUACCUGUCCUAUGCCUUUUCCAAGGAAGCUGAAAUCCCCCGGGAGGUGAUCGAGAGACUGGCUCACAGCGAGAUUAACAGCAUCCGCGACCUGCAGCGCCUCCUGGAGAUAGAUUCCGUAGGAGGAUAUGAUGAUGUUUCAGAAGCAAAUCUGAAAACUCAUGUGGUCCAUGUACCAAAACAUGUGCAGGAAAAACGUCCUGUGCCCAUUCGGAGAAAAAGAAGUAUUGAGGAAGCUGUUCCUGCUGUUUGCAAAACGAGAACAGUUAUUUAUGAGAUACCUCGGAGUCAGAUUGAUCCCACAUCGGCCAACUUCCUGAUCUGGCCCCCGUGUGUGGAGCUCAGACGAUGCACAGGCUGCUGUAACACCAGCAGUGUCAAAUGCCAGCCUUCAUGGAUCCACCACAGAAGUGUCAAGGUGGCAAAAGUAGAAUAUGUUAGGAAAAGACCGAAAUUAAAAGAAGUUCUGGUGAGGUUAGAAGAGCAUUUGGAGUGCACCUGUAUGUCAUCAAAUUCUAAUUCAGAUUAUCGAGAAGAAGAAACUGAUGUGAGGUGAAAAUAAGCUAGAAAAUCUUCUCUGGGACACGGAUGUACAUGGUUUGUUACAUUCCUGAACCUUCUAUGUAUGGUGCUUCAUUGACAGUAUAUUCUACUUGUUCUCCUCUGUGAAAAACUGUCAGAAAGAACACUUGAUGAGAACAAAGAGACAAUGUACAUUUGUUUAAUGUGACAUCAAAGCAAGUAUUGUAGCACUCGGUGAAACAAUAAGAAGCUUCCUUGUCCAAAAAAAAAAAAAAAAAAGAAAAAAAAAAA